AUGGGCUCAGUCGCAACAGAACCCAAGGGCCGCCUCUCUGGCAAGAAUGCCAUCAUCACUGGAGCUGCUGGCGGCAUCGGUCUCGAGACCUCGAUCCUCUUCGCAAAGGAGGGCGCGAGAAUCAUGAUGGCUGACAUCUCUGCCCCCGCGCUCGAGAAGGCCAAGGCCAAAGUCCAGCAACUCGUACCAAACGCCAGCCGAGUGGAAACAAUGACUUGCGACGUUUCCAAAGAAAGCCAGAUCCAGGCCAUGGUCGAAUCGCUCGACUCCUGGGGCGGCCUCGACGUCAUCUUCAACAACGCAGGCAUCAUGCACGCGCGCGACGACGACGCGGUCGGUACACCCGAGGACAUCUGGGACCUUACAAUGUCGAUCAACGUGAAGGGUGUGUGGUACGGAUGCAAGCACGCCGUCUUGGCCCUACGCAGACACAACAAGACCAAGGGGAGCAUCAUCAACACGGCCUCGGUCGUGGCCCUUGUCGGUUCGGCGACACCACAACUAGCCUACACCGCUUCCAAGGGCGCCGUCCUCGCACUGACUCGCGAGUUGGCCAUCGUCCACGCGCGAGAGGGAUAUCGUUUCAACAGCUUGUGUCCCGCACCCCUGAACACCCCCCUAUUGCAAGACUGGCUUGGCGACGACAAGACCAAGCGCCUGCGCCGGGAGAUUCACCUUCCCGGCGGCCGCUUUGGCGAGGCCAUCGAGCAAGCGCAGGCUGUUUUGUUCCUAGCAACUGACGAGGCUAGCUUCGUCAACGGCCACGAGAUGGUCGUCGAUGGUGGAAUGACAAAGGCAUACGUCACCCCUGAAGGUCCAUCCACCGUCCCGCCGAGCAACAACGCGUCCAAGACCGAGCUAUGA